UUCUUUCGAUCUUUCAGCCUGAAUCUCUCGAUCGAUUGUUCCAGUUGCGCCAAAGUUUACCAUCCAACCGCAAAAUCCGACUGAGGCGAUCGAGGGAUACCCGGUGAUGUUGCACUGCGCGGCCGAAGGUGAUCCCAAACCGACCAUCCAAUGGGACAGGGACUCUCGAAUGAACAAUCUGAACAAUUCUCGAUUCGAGGUGCUCGGGAACGGAAGUUUGUAUAUAAAGGAGGUGUACAUGAGCGACGAGGGAAAGUACGGAUGCACGGCCGGGAACAGCGGCGGUUUGAAGAGGGAAGAAGUUCAGUUGAACGUGAAAGCCGGUGACACGUACAGAUUCGACAUGGAUUUGGAAGUGGGUGACAACGGGUCUAUGAUGACGAAGACGAUCACGAUCACUUUGAGCGCGGCCGCGGCCUAUAUGGUGUUGGUAGUGGGUCUAAUGCUGUACUGUCGUUACCGACGUCGUCGCAGGAAGCAGCAGUAUCUCCAAGAGCAGGCAGAAGAAAAACUGGAGAACGGAGAGGUCCAGGAGGAACAGACCGAGCUGAAAGAGACCAGCUCCAGCAAGAUGAACUCGACGGCGAAUAAGAAAAAGGAGAAUCGCGACUCUUCCCACAAUAAGAGCGACGGGGCGGACACGGCUCAGAGCCAGAGCAGCAACCAGUCCAAGAAGUCCAAGUCGAAUUACGACAAGAUCGCCGUGUCCCGUGGCAACUUGAAAGAAUUGAAACCGCUUGGCCGGGGCGAGUUCGGCGAGGUAUACUCGACCAAGUAUCAAGCGGACGGCGACAAAGAGAGCCUGGUGAUGGUGAAGAGUUUGAUCAACACCAAGGACGAGAUCGCUCUCCAAGAGUUCAAACGUCACCUGGAUCUUCUCCACAAGUUGAACCACGAGAACGUGGUGAAACUGAUCGGUCUGUGCCGCGAGGAGGAACCGGACUACAUGAUCCUCGAGUACACCGAUUGGGGCGAUCUCAAGCAAUUCCUGAUCGCCUCGCGCAAGGACAACACCUCGAGCCCCACGCACGAGUCGAAACCACCGCGAGCGCCCCAACUCUCCGUCGCGCAGAUCCUCUCCCUGUCCAACCAGGCGGCCAAAGGGUUGAAGCACCUCGCCGACACCCGCCUCGUCCACAAGGACAUAGCCGCCCGAAACUGUCUGAUCGCCAGCAACCUGACCAUCAAGAUCUCGUUGCCCUGCAUGACCAAAGAACCGUACCAACAGGAAUACACCAAGCACCGAAACCAAGUGAUCCCGUUGAGAUGGCUGCCCUACGAGGCGGUCUACGAGGACGAAUAUUCGACCAAGAGCGACGUGUACUCGUUCUCUUGCCUCGUAUGGGAGAUGUUCCAUCAGGGUGAGUUGCCGUUCAACAAGAUGAACGACGAGUCGGUGUUGACCGCGCUCAAAGCUCAAACCCUCGCGUGGAAGCCGCACAAGGCCGCGCCGCCCGCUUUGCAAGAACUUCAAGCUCAAUGUUGGGCCAACGACCCAAGGGAGAGACCGACGUUCGACGAGGUCGUCUCGAAAAUAGGUGAAAUUGUCGUCGACAGUUGUCUCUAGAUUUGAUGAUCGACGACGCCACGAGGCUCUAAAUCGAGGGUCUACCUCGACAGGGAUAAUAAUCGCGCGGUUGCUUUA